AAUAUUAUUGAUCCGUUUCCAAGAAGUUAUUAGAAACAGCAGACAGAGACAGAUAGAGUGGGGGAAAGAAAGCAAGGAAGAAAAUGGCGAUCUCAACACCAAGAAGAGAGCUCUUCAUAGAUGGAGAGUGGAAAGCCCCUCUCCUCAACAACCGAAUUCCAAUCUUACCAUUGCAGCAUAUGGUAGGGGAUAUCCCAGCAGCUACUAAGGAAGAUGUGGAACUUGCGGUGGAUGCUGCAAGAAGAGCACUGUCUCGGAACAAGGGAAGAGAUUGGUCAACAGCUUCUGGCUCUCUUCGUGCUAUAUAUCUUAGAGCCAUUGCUGCAAAGAUAACGGAGAAAAAGGAUGAGCUUGCAAAGCUUGAAGCUACUGAUAAUGGGAAACCGCUUGAUGAAGCAGCAGCCGACAUGGAUGAUGUUAUUAGUUGUUUUAGCUACUAUGCUGAACUUGCUGAAGGGUUGGAUGCAAAGCAAAAGGCACAUGUGUCUCUUCCUAUGGAGAACUUCAAGAGUUAUGUGAUCAAGGAGCCAAUUGGUGUUGUUGCGUUGAUUACUCCAUGGAACUAUCCGUUGCUAAUGGCAGCAUGGAAAGUUGGUGCUGCUCUGGCUGCUGGUUGUACUGCAGUAUUGAAGCCAUCUGAACUGGCAUCUGUGACAUGUUUGGAGUUGGCUGAAAUAUGCAAAGAAGUAGGUCUUCCAGCAGGGGUGUUAAACGUGAUCACUGGAUUAGGCACUGAAGCUGGGGCUCCUUUGGCUUCACAUCCUGAUGUAGACAAGAUUUCCUUUACCGGAAGUUCUGCAACUGGAAGCAAAAUUAUGCAAGCUGCAGCUCUGCAAGUCAAGCCUGUUUCACUAGAGCUUGGUGGAAAAAGUCCAAUUAUUGUUUUUGACGAUGUUGACAUUGAUAAGGUUGCUGAAUGGACCAUGCUGGGCUGUUUCUAUACCAAUGGUCAGAUAUGUAGUGCAACAUCUCGGCUUAUUGUCCAUGAAAAUAUAGCAACAAAGUUUUUGAAUAGGCUUGUGGAAUGGGCUAAAAACAUCAAAGUUUCAGAUCCCUUGGAAGAUGGUUGCAAAUUAGGCGCCAUUGUUAGCGAAGCUCAGUAUCAAAAAGUUCUCAAGUUUAUUUCAACUGCUAAGAGUGAGGGUGCAACAAUUUUGACCGGAGGGUCUCGCCCCGAGAAUUUAAAGAAGGGUUACUUUGUUGAACCAACCAUUAUAACUGAUGUGAGUACCUCAAUGCAAAUUUGGAGAGAGGAAGUUUUUGGACCUGUGCUCUGUGCCAAAACAUUUAGCAGUGAGGAAGAAGCCAUUGAACUAGCAAAUGAUACCCACUAUGGCUUAGGGUCAGCUGUGAUGUCAAAUGAUCCAGAAAGAUGUGAGCGGAUAUCCAGGGCUGUUCAGGCUGGAAUUGUAUGGAUCAAUUGUUCUCAACCAACUUUCAUUCAAGCCCCAUGGGGUGGCAUUAAACGUAGUGGGUUCGAUCGCGAAUUAGGAGAAUGGGGACUUGAUAAUUUCCUGAGUGUGAAGCAAGUUACAAAGUAUAUUUCUGAUGAACAGUGGGGCUGGUAUAAGUGUCCUUCAAAGAUGUAAUACCAUGUAAAUUGGUGAUAUAAAAUUCAAGUUCUAGAUCUUUUCAUGGAAUAAGGUGUGGCCCAUUCAAAGUUGUGAUUAUGAUGUAAUAAUAAUAUACGUAUAUUUAUAAUGUUUUAUGGGCUUGCUGACUGUGAUAUUGUUUUCUUUAUUUGACUUAUAGUUAAGUACUGGGUUUGUAAUACUCUUUGGUACAUGAAUAAUGAGCAUAUGAAAAAGUACCAAUAAAGUUU